UAGUGAUGCUGUAGAGCUCGAGCGGAGUGGGCAGAUAGAACUCCACGAGGUAGCGGUUCGAGCUGAUGUUUGACUGCAAGCUGACUCCGCAAGCAUCUCUCUGUAUCUCCCGAUCCUCCCGUUUCCUGCCCUAUGGAGAGGAGAGGAAUACAGCCAACUGCAGAGAUGAGAGGGUGAAGGAAUGAAAGCAUGAAUAGUCCACAGAGAGAGAGAGUCGGAAAGCCGUGAAUCCACAGUGGAUGUGAUAGUGGAGAGGUGCGCAGCAGACAAUACUUCAACUGGGAUUUCAAAGGGAAAACUAAAAGGACAACGGUUAAAACCGUCAGACAUGAGAUUCAGCUGUUGAAUAUAGUCCCCCUCUCUGCCCGUCGCGAGAGCAUCUUGGUUUGGGUAAUACAUUUGUUGUCUAGCUCGUGUCGCUCACGCUCUUGACCGGUGCGCGCGCCUCCCCAUCUUUCCCACGCGAGUGAAUCUGAUGAGUUCGGGUGGCGGUGUGUUGUUUCGCCGCAGCACGCGUACGCGCCCAGACUUUUCGCGCUUAGCAGCAGCAGCAUGUCCUCGCGAAAGAUCUCUUCGGAGUCGUUCAGCUCGAUGGGCUCCGAGUGCUUGGAGAGCCCCGGAGAUGAUGGCGACUCCUGCCCCUUUUCACGCAUCUGGAACGGCAAGAGCCCGGUGGAAAAGCUCGCGUGCCCGUUCGAGGACGCACCGGGACCCAAACGGGCGAACAGACGGAAGCGCGUGAACCUGGACUCGCUUGGGGAGAGCUUGAGGAGGUUAACGUCGCCCACGACACAGAUGGUUCAACAGUCUUUACAGAGAACCUUAGAGUUCUACAGACAGAAAGAGAUCAGGUGCAGAGAGGAUGGGAAGGAGGAAAAGAAAAGUGUUACUUUGGAGAAGUGUCCCUUUGUGGAUCAUUCUGGUUCUGGAGAAGAGGCAGACAUCUCUGGAGUACUACAGUACAUGGCUACUCUACAGGGUGUGCGGUUCUGUGAGCUGAGGGAGCGUUUCGGGGAGGAGUUCUUCGGUCUGUGUUUCGAGGAGAACGAACGUGUUCUAAGAGCGGUGGGAGGGAACCUGCAGGACUUCUUUAACGGCUUUGACGCCAUCUUAGAACACAUCAGAACCUCGACCGGACGUCGUGCCUCCUCAGAGAGCCCCUCCUUUCAAUGCAAAGACCCUCACCAGGAGGAGAGAGGAGGAGGAAGAGGAGGAGGGGAGAGGGUGGGAGGAAAGCUUCUCCUCCUCCACUGCUUUAACCCCGCCCCUGUCGUGGGAUUGGCUAUGCCUGGUCUGAUUCGAGGUGUCGCACGCCGAAUUUUCCACUCCCACGUUGUGGUGAAGGAAGCCCCUUCCCUAGUGUCCUUGUCACCCAAUGAGGACGCAGAACACUCAGGAGGAGACUCCAUCCCUACUCCCACCACUUCUCCUUCCUCGUCUCCUUCACCCCCUUCAUUGUCUGCCCCCGUCUCACUGUCCUUCCUCAUCAGAGAAACCUUCCCCUCCUCUUCCUCCAUCCCUCCCUCUGUCACCCUUCCAUCAGAGACCUCCAAGCAUACCCUCCAGCCCCUCUCCCUCUCCCCCACUGACCUGCGCAUCGGUCCGGCUACAUUCUGCAGGGCCUUCCCCUUCCACCUGGUGCUGGGCCCCAGCAUGGAGCUGCUUCAGCUAGGGGAAGGUCUGAGGAGGCAGGCUCGGAUCGAGCCUCACCGGACCCUCUCCUUCAGGGACUGCUUUGAGAUUAUCUCUCCCAGGAUCCAGCCCACCUUCCAGGCAAUACUGCUGCGCCUGGCCUCCCCCUUCACCAUCCGCACCCGACCAGACUGCUCCCAGUCAGGCACCAAGGAGAAGGUGAUGGAGGUGAAGGGUCAGAUGAUUCAUGUCCCAGAAUCCUCUACUCUGAUGUUCCUGGGUUCCCCCCGGGUGGACAAGCUGGAGGAGCUGAUGGGCAGGGGCCUCUACCUGUCAGACAUCCCCAUCCACGACGCCACGCGUGAUGUCAUACUGGUGGGACAGCAGGCCAAGGCACAGGACGGCCUCAAGAACAGGAUGGACAAACUCAAGGCAACUCUAGAAAAGACACACCAAGCUCUAGAAGAGGAGAAGAGGAGGACAGUAGACCUUCUCUACUCCAUCUUUCCUGGUGACGUGGCCCAGAAGCUGUGGCAGGGGGAGUCUGUCCCCGCCAGGAAGUUUGAUGAUGUCACCAUGCUGUUCUCUGACAUCGUGGGCUUCACGGCAGUGUGUGCCCAGUGUACCCCCAUGCAGGUCAUCAGCAUGCUCAACGAGCUCUACACACGCUUCGACUACCAGUGUGGAAUACUGGACGUGUAUAAGAUUGAGACUAUAGGCGACGCCUACUGUGUUGCGGGCGGGCUCCACCGGAAGAUUGACAGCCAUGCCAAGCCAAUCGCACUCAUGGCCCUGAAGAUGAUGGAGCUGUCAGAGGAGGUGUUAACGCCGGACGGCAAGUCCAUCAAGCUGCGUAUAGGCAUCCAUACAGGCUCAGUGUUGGCGGGGGUGGUUGGGGUGAGGAUGCCCAGGUACUGUCUGUUUGGCAACAAUGUCACACUGGCCAGCAAGUUUGAGUCUGGGAGCCACCCUCGAUGCAUCAACGUCAGCCCAACCACAUACUGGCUGCUGAAAGACGAUUGCUCCUUCUCUUUCGUCCCUCGUUCCCGGUUGGAGCUUCCUGAUAAUUUUCCGAAGGAGAUCCCGGGAACGUGCUACUUCCUGGAGGGAGGGACUUCCCAUAGCCACACCUCCCUGACAAGCUCCCGUUCCGCCCCCCCAGAGCCCCUGAGGAAAGUGUCCUACAGCAUCGGCACCAUGUUCCUGCGAGAGACCAGUCUAUAGGCUCCCAAAACACAGACACACACACACUGCAUCAACACACACACACACACACACACACACACACACACACACACACACACACACACACACACACACACACACACACACACACACACACACACACACACACACACACACUGCAUCAACACACACACACACACACACAUUGCAUCAACACACACACACACACACACAUACACACACACACAUUGCAUCAACAUACACACACAACUCUAAACCUAUAGCCCAAACCCUACCCCAUGUUUAAAUAGGAGACUUAUAGAGAUGACAAUACCCUCCUACCCCAAACCAGGACGCAGUCCUCUUAACAACCUCCCACGCUUUUCCAUCUAGAAACAGACACUCGCUUCACCAACUACAACCGGUUGUUACCAAGGGCAACCUCCUUUUACCCUUCAACCCCACCACAAACCAGACUUUGAAGGUUGAGAGAAGAGGAGUGAAAACAACAAAAUCAACAGAGACAAUAUAAUAGAAUAAUCUAGCAACUUCAAAACUAAACUAAAGCCUUCUGCUUGUAGAACACGGUGUACUGUAACCAUGGAUACCACGGCUGGCUGUCAGUCUGGGCAUGGCAGGUACUGUGUUAUUAUCAACAACGCUCACAACUCAGUGCCUUCUUCACUAGAACACUCCAGACAUACACUCUCAAACCCCCAACAUGUGAGCUGGCUGAACACACAGGGAAAUGGAGCGAGGUCUGCAGCUCUGAUACUCCCCACAGUGAUGUGUGUGACUCUCCCAAAUCAGUCACUGUGGGGAGUCUAUGUUGUUUCGGUCCAGCUAGCAGCUGAACCACUGAGAUGUUCGGACAUUUUCUCUUUCAGUGAGCUGAAUGCAUCCACCUCCCAGCCCAUCUGUCAACACUAAACCAUGGACAUAAGCAAGCAGCACGUAAAUCCAUCCACCCCCCUCCCCUCCAUCCACCAACUCUAAUAACCGAGGUGUGGAUAGGAAGUAUGCCUGGGGGGGGUCUCUAUGUCCUUCCAGAUCUCUACGUCAUUCUAUGUUUUUAGAGCAAUAACCUUGGGAUCCUAUCUCUGUCACCACUCUAGUCCCCAACCUCAUUUCUCUCUCACACACACAAACACACAUUGGCUUGUUACAAGUAAGAAAUUGCCCACUUCAAUCAAAUACCAUUCUAAACAUAUUUGUGCUGGAAGUGGUUUUUGAUGUCAUUGAUUUAGCUGUGAGGUUAAAGCAUUAAAGAUAAUAAUUUAAACAAAAUAAUCAAUCAGUCAGUCACCCCAUUGAGACUAUGUUGGCUUUCCAACAGCAUCAUAAUCAAACAUUCCAUCCCACGUUGGAGUUCUACACCAACAGCAUCAUAAUCAAAUGUUCCGUCCCACGUUGGAGUUCUACACCAACAGCAUCAUAAUCAAACGUUCCAUCCCACGUUGGAGUUCUACACCAACAGCAUCAUAAUCAAAUGUUCCAUCCCACGUUGGAGUUCUACACCAACAGCAUCAUAAUCAAACAUUCCAUCCCACGUUGGAGUUCUACACCAACAGCAUCAUAAUCAAAUGUUCCAUCCCAUGUUGGAGUUCUACACCAACAGCAUCAUAAUCAAACAUUCCAUCCCACGUUGGAGUUCUACACCAACAGCAUCAUAAUCAAAUGUUCCAUCCCACGUUGGAGUUCUACACCAACAGCAUCAUAAUCAAAUGUUCCAUCCCACGUUGGAGUUCUACACCAACAGCAUCAUAAUCAAAUGUUCCAUCCCACGUUGGAGUUCUACACCAACAGCAUCAUAA